AUGGGUUGCCUAGGGAAACGGAAGCUGUUCAGAGAGGGGCGGGACUCCGUUGCCGGGGCAACGCCGACGAACUUCCAGGCGGGAAAUUCGGCGCUCGGGGAAGUUUUGAAGGAAGGUGAGGCCGGGAAGCCGCGCCUGAGGCAAAGCAGAGAAGAGGGUCGGCAGCGGGAGGGGGCGCGGACGUGAGAGGGUCACGUGGCCGGGGUCGUGGCCGAAGGUGGGUCACGAGGCUGAGCGGUGA